ACUACAUGGAGGGGUGGGGGGGAGCAGAGCUCCCUGAGCCAGGACAGUCACUCUCCGGGCGGCGGGGCUGGGCCAGACGGUACCGCCCCCACCGCGCCCGCCUUGCACACCCUCGGAAGCGCAGGCUCGCGGCGCAGCGCUGUGUCUGUGUGUGUGUGGGGGGGGGGGGGGGAGCCGCUCCCCAGGACCUCGGUUUCCAGUCCCCAGCCCGCUGUACCUCCGGGGGGCCCCCUUACCCUCUAGAGGCACCAGGAGUUGUCGCAAGGGGGCCUCGGGAAAUUCCCUGGACCCCUGUGCCAGGAGGUGCCCGGUUCGCCCGCUCCCCAUCCACCCCCCGCCGAGGGCGGUGCCCGGGGGCGCUGCCCCAUGGAGCGGGGAGGCGGGCGCCUUCUGCUGCGGGCGCCGUGACCUGAGCAGGAGCCGAGUGUCGCAGCCACCCCACCCCUGCCGAUCAUGCGCCGGCGACCCUGGCUCGCCAGUCCCACAGGGCUGUGAGCCCCCUACUCCCGGCCUGUCACGGCCCGCGCGCCAUGGGCAGCGCCCACCCUCGCCCCUGGCUUCGGCUCCCACCCGGGCCCCAGCCGCGGCCUGAGCUCUGGGCGCUCCUGUUCUUCCUACUGCUGCUGGCUGCCGCCGUGCCCAGGUCAGCACCCAACGACAUCCUGGGCCUCCGCCUACCCCCAGAGCCUGUGCUCAACGCCAACACAGUGUGCCUGACACUGCCCGGCCUGAGCCGGCGGCAGAUGGAGGUGUGCGUGCGUCACCCUGACGUGGCUGCCUCUGCCAUCCAGGGCAUCCAGAUCGCCAUCCACGAGUGCCAGCAUCAGUUCCGGGACCAGCGCUGGAACUGUUCCAGCCUGGAGACUCGGAACAAAGUUCCCUACGAGAGUCCCAUCUUCAGCAGAGGUUUUCGAGAGAGUGCUUUCGCCUACGCCAUAGCAGCUGCCGGGGUAGUACACGCGGUGUCCAACGCGUGCGCCCUGGGCAAACUGAAGGCUUGUGGUUGCGACGCCUCCAGGCGUGGGGAUGAAGAGGCCUUCCGUCGGAAGCUGCACCGCCUGCAGCUGGACGCGCUGCAGCGCGGUAAGGGCCUGAGCCACGGGGUCCCGGAACACCCUGCCCUGCCCCCUGCCAGCGCAGGCCUGCAGGACUCCUGGGAGUGGGGUGGCUGCAGCCCGGAUGUGGGCUUCGGAGAACGCUUCUCCAAGGACUUUCUGGACUCCCGGGAGCCUCACAGAGACAUCCACGCACGCAUGAGACUCCACAACAACCGUGUUGGCAGGCAGGCGGUGAUGGAGAACAUGCGGCGAAAGUGUAAGUGCCACGGAACCUCGGGCAGCUGCCAGCUCAAGACGUGCUGGCAGGUGACGCCCGAGUUCCGCGCCGUGGGGGCGCUGCUGCGCAGCCGCUUCCACCGCGCCACGCUCAUCCGGCCACACAACCGCAAUGGGGGCCAGCUGGAGCCCGGCCCCCCGGGGGCCCCCUCGCCAGCCCCGGGCGCUCCAGGGCUACGCCGGAGGGCCAGCCACUCCGACCUGGUCUACUUUGAGAAAUCGCCCGACUUCUGCGAGCGCGAGCCGCGCCUGGACUCGGCGGGCACCGUGGGCCGCCUGUGCAACAAGAGCAGCGCGGGCCCCGACGGCUGCGGCAGCAUGUGUUGCGGCCGCGGCCACAACAUCCUGCGCCAGACGCGCAGCGAGCGCUGCCACUGCCGUUUCCACUGGUGCUGCUUCGUGGUCUGCGAAGAAUGCCGCAUCACCGAGUGGGUCAGCGUCUGCAAGUGAGCAGGCCCAAGCUCGCCUGGGUCUCAAGAAAUGUUCUCCGCCUGGUGCCUGGCUUGCUUCUGCCGCUGGCGAUCUGGGCUCGGGCAGCAGCCGCCGCCUUGGUUCCUGAGAGAGGUGGUUGGCUCUUACGGCCCUGAGACAUCACAGACAGUCUAGACCUGACUGGCACCCUUCUGCUGGCCUCUGUGGGUCUCUCUCUUCCUCCUCCUAGCUCAGACAGCUGGAGGCGAUGCCGGAUUGUGCCCCACACCCUAGGAGGUAUCACCAAAGCAGCCAAGCCUUCCAGGCCUGUCUCCUGUUGUCUUUUCUCCCCUCCCCCGGGGACUGGCAGGCAAUGCGUUGAAGCUGCUGGGCACCGGGGGAAGAAAACUAAAAUGAAGAAAUGGGCUAAUUCGGCUGAAGUGAUUUUACGAAGACCCCAGAUACCUUCCUCCACAGGCUUCUGCCCCUAUCAUUCAACUUAACAGAUAUUUAUUUUGCACUCUCUUUGUGGCAUUCUCUGGGGGAAAGAGAAGCCUUCUGGAGUUUACAGGCUGACUAAAGGAGGUGGUCAAUAAACCAGUAAACAC